GCCCCCACUGUCAUCGUCAACAGGAAACUCAUGAGGAAGUUUGCUUUCUUUCUUUCUUUCUUUCUUUUCUCAGAGGUCUCAGAAAACUGACUAGCCUACCGUUUAAGAUAUUGACAUUUAAAUGUUUGUGUUGGUCUUGUCUGGACUUCAGAUCAUACAUAACUCUUGGUGAAUAGAUUUCAUCACUUACCAGACAAUUGACACACCCAACAUGAUUUCACAGAAGAGGAAGGAGACAAAAUAGUAACGUUUUUUUUUUCUUUCUGUAGUCCUCAGAUUGCACUUGUGGUGGGUGUCGUGCUGCUUUUCUGUGUGGUGAAAUAGUAAUAUCUUCCUAUUUUAUUUCUCUGAAUACUGGUCAGACUGCAAACUUCCUCGACAAAGGGCCAGACAGAGCAUUGCCAGAGCAUUGCCAAGGGCGUAGCAGCAAGAUACAAGGAGCCAUUUUCUGACAGGCCUCGAAGUCGAACAUGGCUGUGGAUAUGACUGCACCGUAACAGAGGAGGUGUUGCAGCCAAUUGUCUUUCAAAGGAUUUUGUAUUUAAUUUAUAUUCAGAAGAAGAGAAGGGAACAAUGAGUUUUGACCGAGUGCCAUCCAAGUCAGUGGUAAUGGACUGGAAUCCACACCAGUUGGCAGACUACAUGAAGAAGUUGAAUUUAAGUGGCUGCGAUAAAGUCAUUAUGAAAUGUAGCAUAAGUGGAGAAAGGUUCUUGAACAUGACUGAAAAUGACCAUCAGAAAUUCCCCAAAAUCCAUGCGCCACUCAUCUCCAAAAUCUGCAGUGAAAUCAACAGGAAAGAAGAAAAAAGGAGAUUCUUUACUAAAAGAACUGCAGCACCAAAAUACGAACCAGCUAUGCCGCAAGAGGAUCAGCCCUGGGGACCGGAUGAAUUUGAUGAGGGGAGUGACGAAGACUAUGAGAAUCCAGAUGCUGAGGAAGAUGAUGGCAGUGGGGGAGAUUACGAGUCACCAACAGAGGGAGUUGGACAUGAGGACAGUGACAACGGCUAUGAGUCACCUCCGUCUGAGGCGCCUGAAGAGAUUCCCCAUCAGCUCCGUGCUGCCAAGCCCAUGGCUGACGAGGAAUACAUUGAUAGUACACCGCACCGCAGUACAGCUAGAAGCCAUCCCCCUCCGACAACCCAACGCCCUGGGACUGGUCCUCCAAUCCCCUCUGCCAGUCACCCUAGUCUGCUGCAGCCUCCCCCACCCAGAAGAGAGCAAUCUCCCCAGCACCCUGGCAGAAUAACUGGCAAGUUGCCUGCUACUUCCUCAAAUGCUGCCCCCGCUCCACCAGUUGACCGCAGAAGAAAGCCCACCAAACUGGAUCACACAAGACCUGCUGAAUCUCCAAUACCAGCAACGAAGUUAAACACAACUAAUAUGCCUGCUCCACAUUCAUGGAGGCCUCAGGCAGAAGAGAGGGGUCCAGAUCCUCCCAGAAUGCCCAAACCUCCCCUCCCUGGGUCAAGUAGUGUCAGCAGGAGCAGCUCGUCGGUCAGCAGAGCCCCGCUGAACAACAGAUAUGUGCCUGAUGCAAGAAAUGAGGUACAAGAUGAUGUGCCCAUGCCCAAACCAUACAACUCCAACACAUUUCCUAGACCAGGGCACCCUAGAGCAGCGCUCCCCGGACCACUCUUACAUUCAGACGGCUUUCCUCCUAAUAUCGCUUCCACUGCAUCUCUACCUUCAAAACUGCAGGCACUGCAGGCAUCCAUCUCACCCAGGGGCAGUUCUAGGAUUGUGCAAGACAGACACAUUAUGCCCGCUCCGCCACCUAUGCAAGCUUCUCUCCCCCCACCGGCAGACCUAGAGGAUGAACAGGACCUGAACCCUCAGUGGUAUGUUGGUCAGGUGACACGGGGUCAAGCGGAGGGCUGUCUCAGACAGGUCAACAUGGACGGUGCAUUUCUGGUACGGGAUAGUUCGAAACGUUCGUCCAUUCAGCCCUAUACACUCAUGGUACUCUACCAGGACAAAGUUUACAACAUCCAGAUCCGCUGUGAACAGAAUGAGUUUCUGCUGGGGACUGGUCUGAAGGUCUCAGAGACCUAUCCGAUGGUGGCACACAUCAUCGCCCAUUACAGACAGUCACCGCUUCUGCUGAUUGAUGCUAAGAACCGUGGAUCACAACAGCAGAGCCAGUGUCCCCUGAUCUACCCAGCAGGAGGAGCACUAGCACGUCUCUACCCGUCCUUUUAACAGACAGCAGAGCCAGUGUCCCCUGAUCUACCCAGCAGGCAGAGCACUAGCACGUCUCUACCCGUCCUUUUAACAGACAGCAGAGCCAGUGUCCCCUGAUCUACCCAGCAGGAGGAGCACUUCUCUACCCGUCCUUUUAACAGACAGCAGAACCAGUGUCCCCUGAUCUACCCAGCAGGAGGAGCACUUCUCUACCCGUCCUUUUAACAGACAGCAGAGCCAGUGUCCCCUGAUCUACCCAGCAGGAGGAGCACUUCUCUACCCGUCCUUUUAACAGACAGCAGAACCAGUGUCCCCUGAUCUACCCAGCAGGAGGAGCACUUCUCUACCCGUCCUUUUAACAGACAGCAGAACCAGUGUCCCCUGAUCUACCCAGCAGGAGGAACACUUCUCUACCCGUCCUUUUAACAGACAGCAGAGCCAGUGUCCCCUGAUCUACCCAGCAGGAGGAGCACUUCUCUACCCGUCCUUUUAACAGACAGCAGAGCCAGUGUCCCCUGAUCUACCCAGCAGGAGGAGCACUAGCACGUCUCUACCCGUCCUUUUAACAGACAGCAGAGCCAGUGUCCCCUGAUCUACCCAGCAGGCAGAGCACUAGCACUUCUCUACCCGUCCUUUUAUCAGACAGCAGAACCAGUUUCCCCUGAUCUACCCAGCAGGCGGAGCACUUCUCUACCCGUCCUUUUAACAGACAGCAGAGCCAGUGUCCCCUGAUCUACCCAGCAGGCGGAGCACUAGCACGUCUUUACCCGUCCUUUUAACAGACAGCUGGGGGAGGGAUAACAAUAAAAUGGAGCAAUAGUCAAGAUUCACAGUGGUUUUAAAGGACUGCCACUAACAUUAUGGGUGGAAGGACUUAUGCAACCUUUGAAUUGCAGUUCAUAGUUCAUGUAAGGUAAUUUCAUGUAAAGACAAGUGACUCUUGGAUUGAGAUGGUAGGUACGGUACAUCUCUGUCAACUGUUCACUGUAUGGACCUCAGAAAGAAAAGUCCAUAUACACAAUAAUAUUCGUAGUUUUUAUCUCAAUGUGUAUUUUAUUAUUUCAGUAUUGAAAGCACAGAAGCUGAAAAUGUGCAUGUGAGUAGUUAUGUAAAUGCCUGUGUUUGCUCUCUGUUAUUUCCCUGUUACAUGCAAUGGAAAGGUCUAGAAUAGCAGCUAGCUCUGCAAUGAAUCAGAAGCAGCAUACAUUAUGCAAGUAAGGAAAUAGUGGGGUAGACAGUCAGUCACAACUGCUGAGCUUUUUUAAUAUGGAUUUUGUUUCAAUUUCCUGCAUUGUUUAAUGGUUAAAUGAAAACUAUAUUCUUUCAUCUCUCACACUGUAUGUUCCAUAGCAUAGCUAUUAUCAAUAUUUCAAAUAAACGUUUGCAUUUUUUUUAUUGGAAACUUGUGGCAGAAAUUCUACAAAUCAUUGGUCACUCUAGGAAAAACUUCCCUGACCUCUGUGCCAAAUUCUCCCUAUCUUUUUCAUUCAACUUUAUAUCAUCGACAUCCAUUGUUUCUCUAACUUCUCUGAAGCAUGGACGAUUACCAAAUCCUCUUUACAGCUGAUCUGGCGCUGUAAUAUUAGGCAAGUGAAUACGAAGGCGUGUCGGAUCUGCACUACUAACCUGUUGUAAAAUACAAUGCCUCACCGUCGAUAUCAUUAUUAUAAUCAGACCGUAUAAAAGCAUUAUGUCCCUAAUCUC